AAGCGCUCGGGGUCCCCUGAGGGGCGGGAUGGCUGCGGCCGAGGUAACCAUGGCUACGGAGCCUGCGGCCGCGGGACCCGUGGUGCCGUCGCUGGUGGAUCGUUACUUCACUCGCUGGUACAAGGCGGAUGUCAAAGGAAAACCGUGUGAGGACCACUGUAUACUACAGCACUCUAACCGAAUAUGUGUAGUCACAUUGGCAGGAUCUCAUCCAGUUCUUCAAAAUGGAAAAACAAUUGAAAGUAUUUCCUAUCAAAUCAGUACCAACUGUAGCCGACUUCAGAACAAGGUCUCUGGGAAAUUUAAGCGGGGGGCACAGUUUCUAACAGAACUUGCACCUCUAUGUAAGAUUUAUUGCACUGAUGGAGAGGAAUAUACUGUAUCUAGCUGUGUUCGAGGACGGUUGAUGGAAGUGAAUGAAAACAUUCUCCAUAAGCCAUCUAUUCUUCAAGAAAAGCCAUCUACUGAAGGCUACAUUGCAGUUAUAUUACCAAAAUUUGAAGAAAGUAAAAGCAUAACAGAAGGGCUCCUGACACAAAAACAGUAUGAAGAAGUCGUGGAAAAACGCAGUAAUGCCACUGCAGUUCCUUCGUGAGGACGGAGGUGGGGUGAAAAGGAGCCCAGAAUUCUGACCUCAGUGCACUAAUGGAGAAGGACCAGUAUGUGAAGCCAACUUCAUCUGCCUGGCUUUGUGUGAGGACUGAGGUUGUGUGAAAAGCAGCCCAGGAUUCUGGCCCGUAUCCUCAGGACUAAGUGGAAAAGGACCUCACAUAUGAAGCAUUCACCAACCCAUCAGCAGGGAAGCCUGAUCCUUCACCUAACCUACUUUCUCCCCUUGGUCUUAACAUAAAUAGCCUUGCUUCCAAUUUGUCUUCUAAAUCCCAGUUCCACCUUGCCCAGGUACUUGAUCUGUUUUUUCUCUUGUGUCUCUCUAGCACCUAAAGCACGGAAUACUUUUCUGAUUAAAAAGCAAGGUUCUUUUGAGAAAAAUUUAGAAAAUGGAAAAAUUUUUAAGUAGUCAAGUAAUUGACCCAUCAUGCUUAUAGCCUGGAAAUAAAUACUACAUUUGCCAUA